UGAUACUGUGUGGCGAUUGUGGCGCUGGCGACCCUCGCCGCCGUCGACCGAGGGCCGCCCGUGCCCAGAUCUGCGAGGGCGACCCUCGCUCGACAGCGGCGAGGGCCGCUCGCGCCCAGAUUACGCGCUGUGUUUCUUGAUUGUGAACAGUUGUACUUUCAUGUCCAGUGUCGGUGAUGGCGAAGUGUAGAUCGUUUCUCUUCCCGUUGGUAAAUUUGUUUGCAGUGUUAGCCGCAGAAAGAAUUUUAGGAUUUAGUUAAAUUUUGGUUCCGGGGUUCGAAUUCAGUAGGAGUUAGUUGAGUGUGGAUUAAAAAAUUGCAGAACUCCUAUUUUUCUGUCAUUUUGUCCUACUGAUAUGUGCAUUAUAUAGGCGAAGUAUUGGAUUCCUCAUAGUCGAAUCUCCAAUGAAGAAUUGCGAGAAGUUUUGUUGCAGCUAUGAAUGUUAGCCGUAGACCGUAGUGAUUCCAGUAGAAUUAGUUUACACGGCCACUGAAAAUGGUUGUAAGUAGUGAGUCGAGCUAAGAGGCAGGUGAUUGGUGCUAACUUUGUGGUGAAGAGAUGCUCAUCAAGAUAUAGAAAUAGCUGUCAGUAAGUUUGUACUCGUCAUUCCGUGAUGGCUCUCCCGUGGAUAUAGAUUUGACUUUUUUUAUACAAGCAACAUUGGCGGGGAUAUUUCGAUGUUCUUACCUUUGUUAAUUUGAUCUCAGGGAUUAGAUUAUGUAAUUGUUGAAGCUCGGAGGAAUCGGGUGCGAGUAAUCCUGAGCUUAGUCAACAAUUUGAACGCUUUUGGAGGUAAAGCACAGUAUAUCAGAUGGCACCAGAAGCUGGAGAGAAUGUCUCUUCAUCGGCAGAUUCGUUUUUCUCGCAUCCCACGAUAAAGGAGUGCUACAAGGCUUAUAUCAAGGCGGUAGUAGCAAGAAAAAACUCCAUGACUGGAGUUCAUUACUUUGAUGAACCAGCUAUUUUUGCUUGGGAGCUCAUGAAUGAACCUCGCAGUGUAUCUGAGUCAUCUGCGCCGCUUCUUCAGUCUUGGAUCACUGAGAUGGCUGUGCAUAUCAAGAGCGUAGACCAAAGACACCUUGUGACUAUUGGAGUUGAGGGAUUUUAUGGGUUGCAAACGCAAGAAAAAAGUGCAGUUAAUCCUGGAGAAUGGGCAUCUUCACUUGGAACAGAUUUCCUUAAAAACUCGGCUAUUCACGACAUUGAUUUUGCUUCUGUCCAUGCAUAUCCUGAUGGUUAGAUCCCGGAGGCCGGUUUGGACCAAAAAGUGAAAUAUCUUUCGCACUGGGUGGAUGCUCACAUACGUGAUGGGGACGACAGGCUGAAGAAACCGGUUCUUUUCACAGAAGUUGGGUAAUCGUUGCAUCAGAAUCAACAAGAGUCAUAUCAAAGAGAUAUAUUCUUCAAGACGGUUUAUGACAAAAUAUAUGAAUCAGCAAAGAAGAGGCAAGCUGGAGCUGGAGCCUGGAUUUGGCAAUUGUUAGUUGAUGAUAUGCAAGGAUACGCUGACCAAUUUUCGUUCGUGGCCUGGAAUCACCUUUCAACUUAUAAGUUGAUCAUGGAACAAUCAUGCAGGCUGAGGAGAAUGUUUGUGAAAGAAGAGACGAAUAGAAAUAUCGCCAUAAUGAUCCAUGUCCCUAAACUGGAUCUUGACAGCUAUUAUGUAUGAGUUAGAGCCAGUUGAAGUACCAUUUGAAUUUUGAAUGGGAGGGACGAAUUCGCGCGAGUUGCUGCAA